CUGGACUUGCAUCCCGAGCCAAUAACGGAGCAGAAAAAGCGUGAUCUACGAUACAGGGCCCCUCACCUCGAUCAAAGACAAGGAUAUGAUCUUUAUCAAGGAGAAGGUGUCCUGGGAGCUUCCUGCCGAAGCUGGGAAUCAUUCCAACCGCGAAGACUUUCUGUGGCAGACUGCGGACGGAACGGGCUUGUCAGUGUCUCCGAUCUCGUCCCAGGAACUGGGUCUUCAAGCAGACACGAUUGCAUUAAAUCCACUUCCGAGUGUGGCUAGUUCGAGCCCCAAUGGCACUGAUGGCCAUGAACUAUCGAAGUUCUGAUUCGCGGGACUGUCGAUGGCCCAAAGUCUUUCGAGCUUGCAUUCGGUCUAGAUGAACCUUCGGCCGUGAUAUAUUUUGUUCCGUCAACAAGUUACGCGACGAAGAAAGAGAGGAAACCACCCGCACAGUGGGAGCUGUCUCCGUGUCGUUGUCUGCUGGCACAACCGCAGAACGUUGAUUGUGGUGUAAGACAGUCUCACGCAGCCCCAGCCAUUCCUUACAGGCCAAACUCUCCUCCUGACCGUGCCCCAUAUCAUAUGGGGCACGGUCACAUCACGGAUCACAUAUGGGCCAUUUGUGAUCCAGCAGCCGACAUGUCGCUGGGUGGCGCCUUGGGUUCCAACUUUUUGAUUGACAUUAGUCGAAGGAUGAGCUUGUGCAUCAAUUGCGGAAAUGUUGCGCACUUUAGUUUGCUUCUCGAAACCAGGUUGUGUAAGUUUUUAUGAUUGUCGAAGAAUGAGCUUGUGCAUCGAUUGCGGAGAUGUUUCGUGCGCCAACAAAAAAUUGCUCUCUCGAAAGCAGGUUGUGCCAGG